CUUGAAUUUCCAUGGAAAAUACUAGGAGUAGAAGCUGGAUCAAUUGCGAUAGACUUAGUAAAGAAUAUUUGGAUGGAGUAGAAAAUUUUUUAGAUCAUGCAUUUUGUGAAAAACGUGAUGGAGGAACAAUUCCAUGUCCUUGUACAGAAUGUGUGCUACACUAUGAAGUAAAUCGGGCAACGACAUAUGAUCAUCUUGUGGUUAAUGGCAUUAUACCUUCAUAUGAUACUUGGUUUUGCCAUGGGGAGUAUCUCAAUAAAUCAAAUAAGAUUGCAGAAAAUGAUGGCAGACAAGAAGCUUUAAGGGGUGGUGAUAUGAGACGAAUGAUAAACGAUGCUUUUAGAGGUAGUACCCCGUUCACAGACAAUAGCAUUGGCGAUGGAGGAGAUUUAGAGCCAAACUUAGAAGAAAAUACUCAUAAUCCAGGAGGAAAUCAACGUCAUCCAGAGAUGGAUAAGUUUGAACGACUUAUGAAAGAUGCAAAGGAGGAAUUAUACCCUGGAUGUAAGAAAUUUAGUAAACUUUCAUUUUUGCUACAUCUUUACCACAUAAAAGGGAUGUUCAGAUGGUCAAAUGAAUUUUUUAAUGCCUUUCUUGGUCUAUUGAACGAUGCAUUUCCUGAAGGAGCUAAGUUGCCUUCUUCCUUAUAUAAGACCAAAAAAAUAAUUGAAGUCUUAGGCUUGAAGUAUAAUAAGAUUCAUGCUUGUCCCAAUGAUUGCAUGCUUUUUAGGAAUCAAUUUGCUGAUAAAAAAGUAAAUGAAUGCUUAGUUUGUGGGGCUUCUAGAUGGAAAAACAAAGAUAAAAAAAUUCCAGCCAAGGUCCUAAGGUACUUUCCUCUAAAACCAAGACUGCAAAGGUUAUUCAUGUCUUCAAAAACUUCUAAACUGAUGCGAUGGCAUCAUGAAGAACGAAACAAAGAUGGAGUUUUACGACAUCCAGCAGAUUCUGAAGCUUGGAAAACUUUUGACAACAGAUAUUCAGAAUUUGCUAGUGAUCCCCGUAAUGUUCGUCUAGGAUUAGCUUCUGAUGGAUUUAAUCCGUUUGGCACGAUGCGAUCUGUUUAUAGUACAUGGCCAGUGAUUUUGAUGCCCUAUAAUCUUCCGCCAUGGUUGUGCAUGAAACAAGAGUUCUUCAUUCUGUCCAUGCUCAUUCCAGGACCGAAGGGGCCCGGAAAUAACAUUGAUGUCUUUUUGGAACCUUUAAUAGAAGAAUUGAAUGAAUUAUGGGAUACAGGGGUAGCAACCUAUGAUGCAUUUUCUAAGGAGACAUUUCAAAUGCGAGCAACUUUGAUGUGGACUAUAAAUGAUUUUCCAGCAUAUGGUAAUCUAUCUGGAUGGUGUACUCAUGGUCAAUUUGCCUGCCCUUCUUGUAACAUAGAGACUCAAUCUAGAAGGCUCAAACAUGGUAGAAAAUUUUGCUUCAUGGGCCAUCGAUGUUUCUUGAAGCUGAGUCACAAAUAUCGAAAUGAUGCAAAAUCAUUUGAUGGGACUAAAGAAUCAAGAUCUGCACCUCGUCCAUUAUCUGGGUCACUAGUUCUAAAUCAAGUUAGAGGCAUAAAGUUUACUCUCGGGCAAUCAUCUGAUGAGGUAAGCGGGGUUAGGAAAAACACAUGAAAAAAGAGGAGCAUUUUCUUCAAUCUUCCUUAUUGGGAGUAUAACUUGAUGCGUCAUAAUCUUGAUGUGAUGCACAUAGAAAAAUAUGUGUGUGAUAACUUGAUUUAUACAUUGUUGGGUCAUGGUAAAAAGUCAAAAGACAACUUAGAAGCUCGAUUAGACUUGAAGGAUAUGAAAAUAAGACCCAGCUUGUGGCCUCAGCGUCGGGCAAGUGGGAGGACAUAUCUUCCUCCUACUUAUUUUACAAUGUCUCCGGCAGAAAAGGAGUUGUUUUAUGAAGUACUAAAAAAUGCCAAGUUUCCCCAUGGCUAUGCUUCUAAUAUCGCUCAUUGCAUUCGCAAACGAAACAUAUCAGGGCUAAAAACUCACGAUUUCCAUGUUAUAAUGCAAGAACUUCUUCCUCUUGCAUUGCGACGUUCAAUAGAUAAAAAGGUGAGUUCUGUUAUAAUUGAACUAUGCACAUUCUUUCGAGUUCUUUGUGGCAAAGCGCUUAAAACAGAAGAGUUAGAAUUACUUGAAGAAAAAAUUGCCUUAACACAUUCUAAUAUGGAGAAAAUCUUCCUCCCAUCAUUCUUUACUGUUAUGGUACACUUGGUUAUUCACUUGGCAACUGAGGCUAAAAUUGCGGGGCCAGUACAUCAUCGCUGGAUGUACCCAAUUGAGAGGUAUAAAAAACAACAUUGAAUUUAUUGCAUAUAUUGAGUUAUUAAUCAUAAAAAAGUGAUAGCAUUACUAUAUUUGUUAGGUACUUGGGUAUUUUGAAAUCAUAUGUUUGUAAUCGGGCAUGCCAGAAGGUUCAAUAGCAGAAGCAUACAUCGCAAAUGAGUGUUUGACAUUUUGCGCACGAUAUUUGGAAGGUGGUGAUUCAAGGUCUUAUUGGUCGAGAGAAAGUAAUGAUGAGAUUGAGAAUCUGACUGAUAGAGAAGGAUGUCUUUUUCCUUCUGUUGGGGAGCCUUCUGGCGUGAUAGAUGUAUUUGACUUGGAUGAUAAAACAUGGUUGCAAGCACAUCGACAUGUCCUUUUCAAUUGCGAAUCAGAGGUGGUUGAGAAUUAUAAAAAUGAACAUAUUGCUAAAAUCAAGAGAUUAUAUCGUAAGCGUCGUCUUAGACCUCAUCAACUUGAGAGUUUGCAUUUUGAUACGUUUCAUGAGUGGUUCAAGGAGCAGGUGAAGGAGUUGGAGGACACAUCUAACAUCCCAAAGGAUGUUCUAUUCCUUGCAAAAGGGUCAGCUUACGUUGCAAGAAGAUUCAAUGAGUUCAAUAUAAAUAAUGGCUACCGAUUUCGAACAAAACAAUGCGAGGAGUUCAUGAAGACACAAAAUAGUGGUGUUAUGGUCGUUUCAAAGACUGAAAGUUAUGCAAGUACAAGUGACAAUGCUCCGAAGUCUGCCAAUAUCACCUAUUAUGGUCGAUUAAACGAUAUUGUGGAGUUAAAUUACUAUGAAGAAUUUAAAGUUGUCUUAUUUAAGUGUGAUUGGGUCGAUGUAACCAAAGGUAGAUGAGUUAAGGAAGAUGAAUUAGGUUUCACACUUGUGAACUUCUCACACCUUAUAGACUCUGGCAAUCGAGGAAGUGAUGAGCCUUUUAUUUUUGCAAACCAAGCUCAACAAGUAAUAUUUGUGCAAGAUCCUAAAGAUCGUGAAUGGUUUGUACCUAGGCCAAUUAAACCUCGAGACAUUUUUGAUAUGGGAGAGGAAAAUAGUAUGCAGUUUGAGUCAUCAAUGCAAAGUGAUGCCACUGACUUAAUAAUAUUAGAAAAUGUUUGUGAUACAGAAUAUGAGUGUAACGAUUGGCUAAGAAGUGAUGUUGAUGGGAUAGAAAUUGAUGUGCCACAUUCUCAAACUCCUCCAAAUAAAGGUGAAGCAGAUGUUGAUGGAGGAAAUGACAUUGAAGAUGAAAGUGAUAAUGAAUAAAAUGGGUGCUAGUUAUAAAAUAUUUAAUUCUUUUUAGUUUUAUUGAAUUACUUAUAGGGAUGUGGUAUUUAUUUGAUUUUGAACAGUGAAUAAGAUAUAAUUUUUAUUGUUAAAUAAAGUCACAUAUUAGAGAACAUGCAUAUUAGUCAACUACGAAUUAUCAUAUAUGUAUUAGUGGUUUAUCCAAUAUUUGAGUGAAUUCUCUAUGCGUGCUUUUACUUAUAUUUUGUUGAUGUUGCCUUUGGAUUUUGAGAUACUGAUAUGAUCUUAUCAUUGGAUAGUAAUUUUGUUUUCUGGUGCGUAAAUAUCUCAUAACUUGUGAAGUAUCUUUGUAGCAAGGCUUUAAGUAAUUAGUUCAAUUUUGAGGUGGACCAAUGCGAACUAGAGCUGGAAACAGAUUUGAAACUGAACAACAUGAUGAUGAAGUUGUACGACCUUAUAUGGAGCAAUUGAUGAAUGGUCAAGACUACUCUCAAGCUGAAACACAUGAUGGUCAAUCUAAUGAAUUGAGAAUAACUGACACUGAGGAGCAACAAAAUGAUGAAUCAGAUUUCUUUCCACUCGAAACCUGCAAAAAAGAAAACUGGAUUAGUGAAGAAAUAUAUCACCAUUCUCUCCUCCGAUUGGAUUUGAGUAUGAUGAUAAGACUUCCUCCACUUCCAACCAUCAGUCCUCCUCUUUAUCACACCAGCAGCAAAAAAAUGACCAGCUCUAUCCAUUAUUUCCAAAUUUACACUCUGUCCUUUCCUAUCACCAAGCCCCAUCCCAUAUCAUUUCCUCCAUAUAUGCGAACCUCGUUCUUUUACUAUGAUUUUUUAGUUGUUGAUAAAGAAAUGAUAGUUGCUGGUGUUAAGCGUCAGUUUUUGAAAGU